AUGACUGUGUGCUUUAAAAAUGGUCGUUUAGUGUGAAAAAAGUACAAACGGUACUUUUCGAUUUUUUUAAAAACAGGGGGGUGAAAAAAAGUAAACGGUGAAAAAAAAACAGCCAAAACAGAGGAAAAAAGUACAUAUAUAAAAAUCAAUAUUCUAUCAAGACUAAGUAAAUUUAAGCAAAGAAAGGCCAAGGUUAAAUUGCAUAAUAAGCAGCUUGUAUUGCAUUAUAAUAAAUACUAA